AUGGCUUCUUCUUCUUCUUCCUCUUCGAGUAGCAUUGUUGGUAUGCUGGUUGGGCUUGGAGUUGUUCUUGCUCAUAUCCAUGGCUGCCUUGGAGUUGACUAUAAAGGAGCUUUAACAAAGUCUUUGCUGUAUUAUGAGGCUCAAAGAUCAGGAAAAUUGCCCCGAAAUCAAAGAGUUCAAUGGCGUGGAGAUUCUGGCCUCCAUGAUGGCAAAGAUGCAGGCAUAGAUUUGGUGGGAGGGUAUUACGAUGCGGGAGACAACGUGAAGUUCGGGUUCCCAAUGGCAUUCACAUUGACAAUGCUAUCAUGGAGCGUUGUGGAAUACAAGGCCCAACUUGGCGCCAAGCAUGAACUACAAAACGCUCUUACCGCCAUUAAAUGGGGAACGGAUUACUUACUAAAGGCUCAUACAGAACCCAAUGUGAUGUAUUGUGAGGUCGGCGAUGGCGACUCAGAUCAUAGCUGUUGGAUGAGACCCGAAGACAUGACCACGCCCCGCACCUCCUUCCGGAUCGACAGCCAACAUCCCGGCUCUGACCUCGCCGGAGAGUCUGCCGCCGCUCUCGCCGCCGCCUCCGUUGCUUUCAAGUCUUCGAAUCCUGCUUAUUCCAACACGCUUCUUCGCCAUGCAAAACAGCUCUUUGAUUUCGCAAGGAAUAAUCAAGGGUUAUACCAAAAUAGUGUUCCUGUAGCAGGCAAGUUCUAUUCAAGCUCUGGAUUUCAGGAUGAACUGUUGUGGGCUUCUGCUUGGCUUUAUCGUGCAACUGGGGAUCAAACCUACCUUAACUAUUUGGGUGGGUCUGGUAAUACCGGUGGGACAAGAACUGCGUUCUCUUGGGACGACAAGUUUGCUGGUGUUCAAAUCCUUGCAGCUAAGCUGGUUUUGGAUGGGAAGGUUCAACCAUCAGGUUUGUGGUCAGACUUCAAGAGCCAAGGUGAGCAAUUCCUUUGCUCUUGCAUCCAAAAAGGCAACAACAAUGUUAAGAAAACCCCUGGUGGACUCCUCUCCUUUGGGGAUUGGAAUAACCUUCAAUUCGUCACCACCGCCACCUUCCUUGCCACCGUCUACUCCGACUACUUGGCUGCCAAACAAGCCUCGAUUCAGUGCGUCGGCGGCCUCGUUCAACCCUCUGAUCUCAUCGCCUUCGCUAAAUCUCAGGUGGAUUAUAUUCUGGGUUCAAACCCGAGCCAAAUGAGCUACAUGGUUGGAUUCGGUUCAAACUACCCGACCCAAGUUCAUCAUAGGGGAGCUUCCAUUGUUUCGAUCAAGACUAACCCUAACCCAGUCAGUUGUCAAGAUGGCUUCAACUUAUGGUUCAACAGGAAUGCACCAAAUCCAAAUGUUUUAACCGGAGCCGUGGUCGGAGGACCCGGUGCUAACGAUGGGUAUUUAGAUCAAAGAAACAAUUUUAAUAUGGGUGAAGCAGCCAUUGCAAAUAAUGCGCCAUUAGUUGGUGUCUUGGCAAAGUUGGCUUGA